GGUGCAACUGUAAUGAAAACCAGUUUCCCCCGGGAUCAAUAAAGUAUGACUAUGAGAUACUCCGUUAUACUGCGUAUUUGUCUUAUGACGCAGUUUCAUUUUAAAGUGGAGUUCUGCUUUCUAUUGUAAGUAGUGUUGGAGAGUGAAGACUUUACUAAAGUACAGGAACUGGCAGAGUCGAGUAAAGCUGAUAUCGGUCGGCAGUUUUGGAGAGGAUCGACCUUUUUUGAAUCUUCGUUCAAGAAAUAGUGACCUGCAUUUUGAGAUAUCCUCUGCUAAAGCAGGAAGCAUUGUGCAGUGUCUGUUCUCCAGAGGAAAAGUAAAGUAAGGAAUGGGAAUCUAUACCUGGCCACGUUUGCAGCUGUAUUGGGCCCCCUUAGUUUUGGAUUUGUUCUUGGUUACAGUUCUCCUGCCAUUCCAGAGCUGGAAUCUGAUGUAAAUCCGGAUCUGAAACUUGAUUCCUCUCAGGCUUCUUGGUUUGGGUCCUUAGUUACCAUUGGAGCAGCUGUGGGUGGCAUCAUAGGAGGAUGGCUCGUCGAUAAGCUUGGCAGAAAGCAAAGUCUGAUGUUGUGUGGCCUUCCGUUUAUUACUGGGUUUACAGUAAUUAUCGGAGCGCGGAAUAUCUGGAUGCUUUACGCUGGGAGAAUCAUGACCGGAUUAGCCAGUGGAAUAACGUCGCUCAUUGUGCCAGUUUACAUUUCUGAAACAGCUCAUCCUAAAGUGCGUGGGCUUUUGGGAUCCUGUGUUCAGCUGAUGGUGGUAAUAGGAAUCAUGGGUGCAUAUGUUGGAGGAAUGGUGCUGCCUUGGUAUUGGCUCGCUGUGCUCGCCUCCGUCCCACCAGCCAUCAUGGUACUACUAAUGUAUUUCAUGCCUGAAACCCCACGAUACCUACUGAGUAGAAACCAAUACUCGGAAGCACUAGCUGCCCUGGCGUGGCUUCGAGGGCCUGAGGUAGAUUAUGAACAGGAAUGCCGACAGAUUGAAGAGAGCUGCAAUGCACAGGAUACCAAAUUUGCACUGUCUGAUCUUAAAGAUCCAACUGUUUACAAGCCUUUCCUUAUUGGGAUAUUUCUGAUGCUCUUUCAGCAGUUGAGUGGAAUCAAUGCUGUUAUGUUUUAUGCUGAAACCAUCUUUGAGCAUGCAAAUUUUAAGAACGGCAGUGAAGGUUCAGUAAUAGUUGGUGUUGUUCAAGUGGUUUUCACUGCAAUAGCUGCUCUUAUCAUGGACAAAGCAGGGAGAAAAAUCCUCCUGGCAGUAUCAGCUUCGAUCAUGUGUGUCAGUACAGCAGUCUUUGGGGUGUAUUUUAAAAUCUGGCAAGAAAAUUCCAAUAACUCUUCUCUUCACAAGCUUGAUGCUCAAAAUUCAGUCUCUGUGGCGGCAGAUGCUCCAACUUGGUUACCUCUUGUCUGUCUGGUUAUUUUUAUAGCAGGAUUUGCCAUUGGCUGUGGCCCAAUUCCAUGGCUGGUGAUGUCGGAGAUAUUUCCAGUAAGGGUGAGAGGCAUUGCAAGUGGAGCCUGUGUCCUAACAAACUGGAUAACUGCAUUCCUAGUAACUAAGGAAUUUAAUGAUCUUCUUGAGAACAUUACUCAAUAUGGGACCUUCUGGCUUUUUUCUGGUUUCUGUUUCCUGAAUCUCCUCUUCACGAUAUUCUUCAUACCUGAAACCAAAGGGAAAACACUGGAACAAAUAGAGGCCCAUUUUAAAGUAUCUGCCUGAGUGCCCACAAACUGAAUACCUGUUUAAGAUGCUGUGUAACAGUCGGUCACUGAUCUUUAAGUAGUUAACCAAUACUCUGCGGCUAAGUAUUUGGUUGGCAAUACUGCAACCCCAUUUUGUUUACUUAUCUUCAUCCAGUAUUGUCAGUAGGUGGUUUUACGGGUGUAUGGCAAAAUCAUUGAGUAUGUGUGUUGGCACUCAGUAGCCAAGCUACACCAGCUGAACAUUGGGCCCAAAUGACUGUGCUGCCAUUCCUAUGGUUAAUAGUUGGUGUUUAGGAAGCAUUGAAGGUCCUCCAACUUUGCUGGCACUUCAUCAUGUCAGUAGCUUCCUCUUGGUUUUCACUACUGUCAAUCAUGCAAGUCCCAGGUGGAGACUUGGGUGUAGAAGGAUUCUUGAUUGCUGUAUUCAUAACAAUUUUUUUUUUAAACAGCCAAGGUUGUUAGCCUUGAGCUGAACCCCCGAACCUGGACCACUCUCAGUCUGACUCUACCCUUGAUCUGCUUGGCACGGGUGACCCUAUUAAGAGCCAAAACGUAAAGUCCUGACUCCAGCCAGCAUAGCUCUCUGGGUCACUGGCUGUGGUCCUCUUGGAGGAUAAAUGAUGUACUGGAGAGAUAUUACUUAGUUUGUUUACUUUGGGAUUAGUUUUAAUAAAUCAUGGUCCUAUUUUACAUCAAAGUUUUAAUUUUCGUUCCAUACUUUGGGGAAGGUGACACUGACUUUCUGAUUUUUCUGGUGCCCAUUAUCACACUGACUUAUUUUUUGUCACUUUUCUUACGCUUUGCUUUUUUUAAAUUUAAAAAAAAAUCAGAAUUCAAAGUGUAUUAAGAGAUUAUGUUGCCAUAUACAACCGUUGUAUAUAGGUCCAUUUUAAAGAAAGACUUUAUGCAAUCAAUUCCUCUGGCCAUCUUGAAGUAAAAUGUCGACAGGUUUGUAGUCUGGGGCACAAUAGUCGUAUCGAACUUUUUUUGGAGCUGAACGUGAUUGGGGAAUAUUCACAUGAGGGUGAAAUCUGAGAAACUGCAGUCAGUGUUAGAACAGAAUAGCCAAAAAGAAGCUGCAAAGCUUGCCGAAAAAUUAAAAAUAAAGCCAGAAAUCUGAAGUAAAAACAGAAAAUAUGGGAAACACUCAGCAGGGUAGUCAGCAUUUAAACAAACAGUUAGUAAUAAACAAGAGAAAUUCUGCAGAUGCUGGAAAUCCAAAGCAACAUGCACAAAAUGCUGGAGGAACUCAGCAGGUCAGGCUGCAUCAAUGGAAAUGAAUAAACAGUCAACCUUUUGGGCCAAGACCCUUCUUCAGAACAGUUAAUAUUGCAUAUCCAAAACCCUUCAUCAUAUCCAACAGUUCUGCUUUUAAUUGCUUACCUCUUUUGUAGAGAAUGGGUGACAGAGUUUGACUGCCUAAAGCACAGAAACUAUCUUAAAAUGGAUGAUUCACUGCAAGUAUUUUAUUUGCACAUGACCAGGGGAUGAAAAUGGACAGGAAAUAAAGAAGUUUCACAGUAGGGCAGAAUACUGUAUUUGAGAACCAUUAUUUUAAUUGUAUUCCAAACUUGGUGUCCAGUGGGGCCAUUUUGUUUUAAUGCAGAAAUGGGUAAACUUUAUGCUAUCUUAAGCUUUAACUUGAAGGACACACAUGUUCUUUGCCUUGAUAUUUGGUGCAUGUUUACUUUUAAUGUAUCCUAAUGUACACUACCUCACUGCAAUUGUUUAAUCUGUGAAGCAUACCAUGUUUACACAUUUUAUUGAUUGGAUCUGCUGAUACGAGUCAUUUAAAUGAAACUAACAUAAUUGUAUGCCAAUCCAUAAUAUCAUUGAGAACCUGAUGUUCCUAAUUAAAGUAGAAAAAACGCCUGUUCGUAAAUUGAAUGUUGUUUUGGCUUUUCUGUUUGCAAUGCUUUUUGUUCAACUUUUUUUUUAAAUCCUUUUUGAGCAAGUUUACUCUCAACUAAUGCAGAGGAUGAAGUGAAAGUUAAUUAUUUUAAUUUUCUUUUAACAUUUCCCAAGUUUAACACUACCUCACUGAUAGUUUAAUCUGUAAAUCAUAUGUUUGCCCUGUUUAUUGAUUGUUAGAUGGUCUGCUGAUACUACCAGUCAUUUAAAUGAAGCUAACAUCAUGUAUGCCAAUUUAUAGUAUUAUUGAGAACUUGACAUUUCUAAUUAAAGGAGAAAAACAUCUAUUUGGUAAAUAGAA